AACACAUUGAUAAGAUUUUGAACUUGACAGCUGUCGUGCAAAUGUAUUUCUUUCGUAAAUAGUCUUAGUAAAUCAAUAUUUUAACUUAAAUUUCGUAAUAUUUUGGCCUGAAAAAUGGCUGCAGUAGCUCUAUCAGGCCACGCUGCGGCUAAAUUAUUGACUAAAAAUGGGUCGAUGAGCGUGUUGUACAUCAAGUCAGCUGCAUACAGUGACAAUGCUUAUAACCUGGCUUCAUACAAGCGAGGUACUGGCGGUCGCUGCAGUUUCAAUGGUAUUGUUUGUACUGUGUUUGGUGCCACCGGGUUCUUAGGCCGCUAUGUGUGCAACAAGCUGGGAAAGAUCGGUACUCAGAUGAUCAUCCCUUACAGAAGUGACUUCUAUGAUGCUCAGAGAUUAAAAGUGUGUGGAGAUUUAGGCCAGGUGCUGUUCACUCCGUAUGACAUCCGUGAUGAAGAGUCUAUUGCUAAGGCUGUCCGCUACUCUAACGUAGUUAUCAACUUGGUCGGCCGGGACUAUGAAACUAAGAACUUCAAUUACAUGGAUGUCCAUGUAUUUGGGCCACGCUGUCUUGCAAGAAUUUGCCGUGAAAUGGGAGUGGAGCGCUUCAUCCACGUGUCUUACUUGAACCAAGAGGAAAAUCCGAAGCCAUUGGUGAUGAAGCAACCGUCCAAGUACAAAAUCAGCAAGUGGAUGGGAGAACAGGCCAUAAGGGAGGAGUUCCCUACGGCCACAGUCUUCCGUGCUUCUGACAUCUACGGCUCUGAAGACAGAUUUUUGAGGACGUUCGCCUCCCGCUGGCGCAUCAACAGCGAGUACCUGCCGCUGUACAAGAACGGGCUGGAGACCAUCAAGCAGCCUGUGUUCGUGUCGGACGUGGCGCAGGGUAUCAUCAACGCCAUCCGUGACGUUGACACCCGCUGCCAAACUUACCAAGCCAUCGGGCCGAAGAGAUACCUGUUAGCGGAUCUUGUAGACUGGUUCUUCAAGUUGAUGCGCAGAGACGAGAAAUGGGGUUACUACCGUUACGACAUGAAGUGGGACCCCGUGUUCCCCUUCAAGCUUGCCUUCAUCAACAUGAUCUCCCCAGCCUACCCCUGGGGCGGUGUACACUGGGAAGCUAUUGAAAAGGAAUCCACAACCGACAGGCCUGAGUCGGGUUUACCGACACUGGAGGAUCUCGGUGUGACGCUGACCAACAUGGAAGAUCAGGUGCCGUGGGAGCUGAAGCCGUUCAGAGCUCAUCAGUACUAUAUGGACCGCGUCGGCGAGUUUCCCACUCCUGACCCACCGAAAGUCCAACACGACAUGUAAAUAUAAAUAGCUAUCAUUUCAAUCAAUGAAAUUAGUUUUUUUUUACUACUUGUGAUCAAACCCUUUUGAAUAGAACAUCAUGAAAUUCAAUGCAGAUAAUCACAUGAUUAGCAGUAACUGUCUAGAAAAUAUUAUAUGAAUAAAUUAUUGCUAUUGUUAA